CAUAUUGUUCCUUUGUUUGAGUGCCUUGCUUAUUGUUUUGUUUGAAAAUCCAUUUUACAAAGCCAUGAGUUACACUCCUACAUUCCUCUUCCUACUUCCCCUAUCCUUUUGGCAUCUUUUCCUUGUAAUGUUUUUUGGCUUUAUGGUAAUCAAAAUCAUAAGACACAUCUUAAUUGCAAACACUAUUAAUAAAGCCAAACUUCCACCAGGUCCCAAACCAUGGCCUAUAGUUGGUAAUCUUCCUGAAAUGCUAGCAAACAAACCUGCAACUAGGUGGAUACACAAAGUGAUGGAAGAAUUGAACACCGAAAUAGCAUGUAUCCGUCUAGGAAAUGUCCAUGUUAUCCCCGUUACUUGUCCCAUCAUUGCCCUUGAAUUCAUUAGAAAACAUGAUGCUGCUUUUGCAUCAAGACCAAUAUCAAUUUCCACUGAUAUCAUAAGCAAAGGUUUCUUGACAACAGCUGUUACACCCUUUGGGGAACAAUGGAAAAAAAUGAAGAAAAUAUUUGUUAAUGAAUUGUUCUCCCCCCACAAACAUCAAUGGCUCGCAGACAAAAGGAACGAAGAAGCUGAUAAUCUCAUGUUUUAUGUCUACAACAAAUGCAAAAUUGCGGAUGAUGAUGAUGGUCUUGUGAAUGUUCGUAUUGUUGCACAACAUUAUUGUUGUAAUUUGAUGAGGAAAUUGUUUUUUAAUACAAGAUACUUUGGACAAGGUAGGAAUGAUGGAGGUCCUGGUUUUGAGGAAGUGGAAUAUGUAGAUGCCAUGCUCACAUUGCUUAGGUAUGUUUUUGCCUUUUGUGUUUCUGAUUACAUGCCAUUGUUGAGGGGACUUGACAUUGAUGGUCAUGAGAGAAAGGUGAAAGAUGCUAUGAGUAUUGUGAACAAGUAUAAUGAUCCAAUCAUUGAAAGGAGAAUUGAAAAAUGGAAAGAUGGAUCAAAGACUAGUGCUGCUGAUGCAGAGGACUUGCUUGAUAUUUUAAUCUCUCUCAAAGAUGCCAACAACAAACCAUUAUUGACAUCAGAGGAAAUCAAGGCUCAAACUCUAGAACUUUUUCUGGGAGGAGUGGAUAAUCCAUCAUAUGCAGCUGAAUUUGCAAUAGCAGAAAUGAUAAAUCAACCAGAUUUACUUCAACGAGCCACCGAAGAAUUGGACAGUGUGGUAGGAAAAGAAAGACUACUCCAAGAAUCAGAUAUUCCAAACCUCAACUAUGUGAAAGCGUGUGCAAGAGAAGCUUUUCGUCUUCAUCCCAUUACAAUUUUUAAUCCUCCCCAUGUUGCUAUGGACAACAUAAAGGUUGGUAAUUACAUGAUCCCAAAAGGUAGCCAUGUACUUCUAAGCAAGCAAGGACUCGGUCGAAAUCCAAAAAUUUGGAAUGAACCUUACAAGUUUAAACCAGAACGACAUCUAAAAAAUGAUGGGUCUAUGGUUGUUUUGGCGGAACCAGAUUUAAAGUUCAUAUCAUUUAGUACCGGAAGGCGUGGUUGUCCUGGAAAUGUGCUUGGAACCACAAUGACAAUAAUGUUAUUGGGUAGGUUGCUCCAUGGCUUCAAUUGGAGUGGACCUCCUAAUGUAUCAACCAUUGAUCUUCUCAAGUAUUCUAAUGGUGAUAGAUACCUUGGAGGGCCACUUGUGGCAAUAGCAAAGCCAAGAUUGGCAGUCGAAUUGUAUCAUCCAUAAAACAUUUGAAAUAAUUAAUAAGGCAGUAAUAAUUUAGUUAAUAAGGGGAAAUGAAUCAAUAAAAAAUGUACUUCAUGUAGUCAUUAUAUUGUUAAAAGGGCUCAAAUGUUGAGUCAUGGGUAUUUGAUGUUAAUAAGGGGGAAUGAAAUAAUAUUGUUAUAUAUUUGAUGUUCUCAUAUAUGGUCUGAAUAUAUA